AUGCACGAUCAACUAAGUCGCAACGCUAGACCAGAGAACCUACACACAAGAAGACAUGCAAGACAUUUUCCCAACGGUGUGCCGUCAAACGAAAGCAACAACAUGAAGAAUCGUCCGAUGGCUUUUAAAGAGAACAUCACACCACUAAACCCGACAGACUUUAACCGCUAUUCCUUUCCCUUAUCACCAUGCUCCCCGAGUGGAAAGUCUACUAAGACAUUCUCAGAUGCUAUAAACGAAAACAUAAACUUACACAGACAAGAAAAACGAGCUGUGUCGUUAAUGCCUGAGAUUCUACUACACUCGGCCGUGCUCGAGAACAACAUUGACGAAAUUUUAAAACUUGUUAAAGUAGACGGAAUUAACGUAAAUCGCGGUGCUGAACUCGGACUAUUCUCGCUCCACCAAGCGGCGUUUUCGGGCCUCGAGGAAAUCACGGAAAUUUUGGUCGAAAACGGCGCGGAUUUGAACAUUACGACACCAGAAGGGAUGACCGCUUUGGAGGCUGCCGUCUGUGCUGGGAACUUUGAAUGCGCGGAAAUUUUAAUCAAAAACGGCGCUCCUGUUGACAGCAUUAAAGAUGGAUUCGAUGAUCGAAGUUUUUGUAAUUUCAUCGGGAACAGUUUGGUGUCUGUACACGCAGGAAACUUGUGA